GGGCAAGAGCUUCUUGCCAGCUGGCUGGCUGUUUGUCAGUGAGCUCUGCCUGAUAGCCAAGGCCGAGGCACUCAUGGUGUGUGUGUGUGUGUGUGUGGUUGUGCAUGUGCUUGUCUGGUGUGGGCGGGAGCCACUGCCUUAUGGAUGUCGCCCAAGUGGGGAGGGACCGCAUGGGUUGGGCUCUCUCUUUAUUUUGGCCCGCGGUGACGCCUGGUCCUGCCCGCCGUUGGUUAUUAUGGAUGCAAUCAUUAUUCAGGAGCGAUUAGUCGAACGCCUGCUUUCGCCAAGGACUCUGAACCAACGCAGCCAUUCAGCCAAGCUGAAGGUACAGGGGAUAUUUAUAGCCGGAGCUGAGCUGCCGAGCAGGAGGAGGCUGGGCGGGGGGAAGCCAGGAUGGUGCCCGAGGAGAAGCCUGGAGCCCACGAAGAGGCUCUCAAAGGGCAGGACGGCAGCCGGACGCAGCCGGACCACGAGAAGCAAUAUGUGGGCUUUGCCACCCUCCCCAACCAAGUGCACCGGAAAUCUGUGAAGAAGGGCUUUGAUUUCACCCUCAUGGUGGCAGGAGAGUCAGGCCUGGGGAAGUCGACUUUGGUGAACAGCCUGUUCCUGACUGACCUCUACAAAGACCGGAAGCUUCUCAAUGCUGAAGAAAGAAUCAGUCAGACAGUCGAGAUUGUGAAGCACACAGUGGACAUUGAGGAAAAGGGGGUGAAGCUGAAGCUGACGAUAGUCGACACUCCGGGUUUUGGAGAUGCUGUGAACAACACCGAGUGCUGGAAGGCUAUCACGGAUUACAUUGAUCAGCAAUUUGAGCAGUAUUUCCGGGACGAGAGUGGCCUCAACCGGAAGAAUAUUCAAGACAACCGCGUGCACUGCUGCCUGUAUUUUAUCUCACCCUUUGGCCAUGGGUUGAGGCCGGUUGAUGUGGAGUUUAUGAAGGCACUGCACGAAAAAGUGAACAUUGUGCCCCUCAUUGCCAAAGCGGAUUGCCUCGUUCCGUCUGAGAUCAAGAAGCUAAAAGAGAGGAUCCGGGAGGAGAUUGACAAAUUUGGAAUUAAGGUUUACCAGUUUCCAGAGUGCGAUUCGGAUGAAGAUGAGGACUUCAAGCAACAAGACAGAGAACUAAAGGAAAGCGCUCCCUUUGCUGUCAUUGGUAGCAACACGGUGGUCGAAGCCAAGGGUCAGAGGGUACGGGGCCGCCUCUAUCCCUGGGGCAUUGUGGAAGUGGAAAACCAAGCGCACUGCGACUUCGUGAAGCUGCGGAACAUGCUGAUCCGGACACACAUGCAUGAUCUGAAGGACGUGACUUGCGACGUUCACUAUGAGAACUACAGAGCACAGUGUAUUCAGCAGAUGACCAGUAAGCUGACUCAGGACAACCGGAUAGAGAGUCCAAUUCCAAUCCUGCCCCUUCCAACCCCAGAUGCCGAAACGGAGAAGCUGAUCAAGAUGAAGGAUGAAGAAUUGCGGCGAAUGCAAGAAAUGCUGCAGAAAAUGCAGCAGCAGAUGCAAGACCAGUGACCUGGACACCGGGACGGAAGGGUCCAGGAGGUCAUCCUUGUCCCAGUUGACUGUUCAUCAGGAAUCGUGGACUCGCCGGGAAGGACUUUCUCAUUGCAGAAAACAAAACAAAACAAAGACUCGUGAACAAGGGUGAAACCUACUCCCUCUCUCUAAUUUGAUGGUAGCCAUUCUUUGUUAGUAGGACGACGAAGAGAUGGGAGGGGAACCUGCUGACUGGCCAUUCACUGAAAAGCCCCUCCCGUCUUCAGAAUAUCCCCCCUCCCUCGACUGUUUCCCCCCUCUUUCCUAGAUGUACUAAACUCUUGUUAGGGAGCAUCCUGGUAUUUAAAAGACAACGAUCGCUGUUUCUAUGGGAUAUGAAUUUUGAGGACUCUGUGAAAAUGCACGUAAAUGUUUACUCUUAACCAAGGUGCUGUAAUCUCCCUCCUGCCCCCACAAAUACAUCCCCUUUUGAAAAAU